AUGGAGGCGGCAACAUUCACUCCGGCUACACAGAUUCCAACCAUAGGAUUAUCUUAUUCUUCAUCGUCCUCACUGUGCUCCUCUGGUUCUCGCUCUCUACAGUUCUUACGGCGUAGUUCUCACAACUUGAAACCUUCAAAAGGCUUCUCAAUUCGCGCCUCUUCUUCUGUUGAGGAUGACUCUGUGGUGACGCUGCUUGAUUAUGGAGCUGGGAAUGUGCGCAGUGUCAGAAAUGCAAUUCGGUUUCUUGGCUUUGACAUCAAAGAUGUGCAAACACCCGAAGACAUCAUGAAUGCCAAACGCCUCAUUUUUCCGGGGGUAGGUGCAUUUGCUGCUGCCAUGGAUGUGCUAAACAAGAAGGGGAUGGCUGAAGUGCUUUGUGCGUACAUUGAGCAAGAUCGUCCAUUUUUAGGCAUUUGUCUUGGACUGCAAUUAUUAUUUGAAUCAAGUGAGGAAAAUGGACCAGUAAAAGGACUUGGUUUAAUUCCUGGAGUAGUUGGACGUUUUGACUCGUCAAAUGGUUUCAGAGUACCUCAUAUCGGCUGGAAUGCUCUCCAAAUAAGAAAGGACUCCCAGAUUUUGGAUGAUAUCGAAAGUCAUCAUGUCUAUUUUGUUCAUUCUUACCGUGCAAUGCCAUCAGAUGAUAAUAAAGAAUGGAUAUCGUCUACUUGCAAUUAUGGUGAGAACUUCAUAGCCUCUGUUAGAAGGGGAAAUGUCCAUGCUGUUCAGUUCCACCCAGAGAAGAGUGGAGAUGUUGGUCUUUCUAUAUUGAGAAGAUUCUUGUAUCGAAAAUGUGAAACAACAAAGAAGCCGUCAGUCCAAAGGAAAGCUUCUAAACUUGCGAAAAGGGUCAUUGCUUGUCUUGAUGUAAGAACAAAUGACAACGGUGACCUUGUUGUAACCAAAGGAGACCAGUAUGAUGUGAGAGAGCACACCAAAGAGAAUGAGGUGAGGAACCUUGGCAAGCCAGUUGAGCUUGCUGGACGAUAUUACCUUGACGGGGCUGAUGAGGUUAGUUUUUUGAAUAUUACCGGCUUCCGAGACUUCCCUCUUGGAGAUUUGCCUAUGUUGCAGGUACUGAGGUAUACAUCUGAGAAUGUUUUUGUACCAUUGACUGUUGGAGGAGGUAUUCGAGAUUUUACUGAUGGAACUGGCAGGUACUACUCUAGUUUGGAAGUUGCUUCAGAAUAUUUCCGAUCUGGUGCAGAUAAGGUUUCCAUUGGAAGUGAUGCAGUAUAUGCAGCAGAAGAAUACUUGAAAACCAGAGUAAAAACUGGGAAGAGCAGCCUGGAGCAGAUCUCUAGAGUGUAUGGGAAUCAGGCGGUUGUUGUAAGCAUUGAUCCUCGUAGGGUGUACUUGAAGGACCCCAAUAAUGUAGAAUUCAAGGCUAUAAGAGUAAGAAAUCCAGGUCCAAAUGGAGAAGAAUACGUAUGGUACCAAUGCACAGUGAAUGGCGGGCGAGAAGGUCGACCAAUUGGGGCAUAUGAGCUUGCCAAAGCUGUUGAAGAAUUGGGGGCUGGAGAAAUACUCAUAAAUUGCAUUGACUGUGAUGGUCAAGGAAAGGGGUUUGAUAUAGAUCUAGUAAAGCUGAUCUCAGAUGCUGUGAGCAUUCCUGUAAUUGCAAGUAGUGGUGCUGGAGCUGUUGAACACUUCUCCGAAGUUUUCUUGGAAACAAAUGCAUCUGCUGCCCUUGCUGCCGGCAUUUUCCAUCGGAAGGAGGUUCCUAUUCAAUCUGUGAAAGAGCACUUGUCAAAGGAAGGCAUUGAAGUUAGAAUCAGCACAUCUUUGAAUUAUACUUCUCCACUCUAG